ACCUCAUCACUCAGCGACACUGACCGGUGAAGAAGGGAAAAUGGCUGCAAGGUUACUGCUACGCUCUGCGCUCCGAGCCGCGGCGGUUCGCCGGCCCGCCGGGACCCCCGCGCUGAGCCGUGGCAUGGCGGCAGGAGGGAUUCCCACUGAUGAGGAGCAGGCCACGGGGCUGGAGAAGAUCAUCAUGAAGGCCAUGAAGGACGGCACGGAUCCCUACAACAUGAUGAAGCCAAAGCAGUACGCGGGCUCCAAGGCCGACCCCCACCUGGUUCCCUCCAUCACGAACAAGAGGAUUGUGGGAUGCGUGUGUGAGGAGGACAACACGUCCGUGGUCUGGUUCUGGCUCCACGAGGGCGAGGCCCAGCGCUGCCCGUCCUGCGGCUCCCACUACAAGCUGGUUCCCCACGAGCUCCCCCACUAACCUCCAGCAUCCUCUCCCGCAGAGCGAGCGGGCUCCGCCUACUUCCUGCUCUCUCCUACUUGACGUACCUCUGACCUCAUCGUUUGUCGCUUUACGUGUUACAUGUACUCGGGAUCAGACGUGGUUCGGGCACACACAGUUUCUUCAGACAUUUCCAUGCAGCCAGUUUACACACACACACUCGUACUGUACACGUCACACUCGCUCCUCCCUCCUCCUGUGAGGAACCAAUAAACUUUAACUUCCUGUUU